AUGGGAACCAUCAUUGGCCACGAGGGACCUCCUCAUGCGACUCCCCUUGCCCUCGUCACGGCCCAUGCGCACCAUCCCAAGAAACAUGCAGCCCAAGGGCGCCGGGCAGGAACCGUAACAUGGCGCAAAAGGGAUCGACAUGCAACCUUGCCAUUAUCUGUGAGAUACUCGAUACCACAAUCACAUUUUCGAUCGCCGAGAUUGUCGCGGCCAUGCUCCUCUUUGUAA